CAGUUGUAAGUGAAACAUCAGGAGAAAAUGCUGCUAGAACACGGCCAUACAGCCCAGAAACCCCCCAACACCCCACUGGGUUUAAAUGCUGCACUCAAAUUUUAAAUUAAUACAAAGCUAGAAAUCUGGUACAGAAGCAAAUUGUCCACAGUAAACAAUGUGUAUGCUAGAACUAACCAGUUACCAACCAGGAGGACAUGAAUGUAAUUGAACCCCACCCCUUUGUAUUCUUUCCCAGCCCUUGGCAGUGAGAGGCAUAUGGUUUCUUAUAUUAGAACAGUGGUUCUCAACCUGUGGGUCCCCAGGUGUUUUGGCCCACAACUCCCAGAAAUCCCAGUUUACCAGCUGUUAGGAUUUCUGGGAGUUGAAGGCCAAAACAUUUGGGGACCCACAGGUUGAGAACCACUGUAUUAGAAUAUAUAAUCAUAAUUUGUCUAAACCCUUUCGAAAAUUGAUUGAGUUGGUUGCCAUUGCUCCUCUUGUGAAGCAAAUUUGUUCAGUUAAAAGCACUACAUUUUCUCAGCCUGAUGUUUCCACCAUUCAGCUUUACUGGUUGACCCCAGGUUCUAGUAUUAUAGCAGCAGGAGGCAGAAGUUUCCAUCUCUAUUUUUUCUAAACCAUGCAUGAUUUCAUAUAUCCUUUUCAUGUGUUCCAACCACAAUCACUUAAAAACCCUCAGCCCUGAGAUAUUUUACCAAGUUGCUUCUGAAUUCCUUUUCAGCAUAUGCUGUCAACUGUCGACUACUAUUGUUUUGAGUGUAAUCUUCUUAGGAUACUUAAUUGUUUAUUACUAGCUGGUGAAUACAACUAAGGCACUGCUGAGAAAGGACAGCUAUUGCUUUAAUCCUUGGAUUUACCCACCUCAAUUUUGGUUGUUCCUUUUUUAUACGUCUGCGCACUUUUACUAUUAGAUUAUCUCAGUCCAUUUAGAAAAUGAGUCCUAUUUUCUGGAGGCUGUUAUAACAAAACCUAUAGCUCUGCUUAUUGCUAUCAUGGAGAAUGAAAGUUCUCUUGUGCUUGAAGGAGCUGAGGGUUAUAUUGUGAGACCUACAAUUUUCCCAAGAGCUGGAUAUGGAGUCUUAGCCUUCCUGAUGUUCAUUAAUGCUUUGUUUUCAUUAUUUAAUAAUUUUUUGGUUAUUGCAGUAACCCUGAAGAACCCUCAGCUCCGGAAUCCCAUCAACAUAUUCAUUCUAAACCUCUCCUUUUCAGAUCUCAUGAUGUCUAUCUGUGGCACCACAAUUGUGAUUGCUACAAACUACCAUGGAUAUUUCUAUCUGGGACGGCGAUUCUGCAUUUUCCAGGGAUUUGCAGUCAAUUAUUUUGGAAUUGUGUCUCUCUGGUCCUUGACAAUUUUGGCAUAUGAAAGAUACAAUGUGGUAUGCCAACCUUUGGGAACCCUCCAGAUGAGUACUCAAAGAGCUUACCAGCUACUUGGUUUUAUCUGGGUUUUCUGUCUUUUCUGGGCUGUGGUGCCCCUCUUUGGCUGGAGUUCAUAUGGUCCUGAAGGAGUUCAGACCUCAUGCUCGAUUGGCUGGGAAGAAAGAUCAUGGAACAACUAUAGCUAUCUGAUUGUGUACUUCCUCUCCUGCUUCUUCAUUCCUGUUUUGAUCAUUGGAUUUUCUUAUGGCAAUGUCAUUAGGUCAUUACAUGGGCUAAACAAGAAAGUUGAACAAUUGGGAGGAAAAAGUAAUCCUGAAGAAGAAUUUCGAGCUGUGAUUAUGGUCCUUGUGAUGGUGGUGGCAUUUCUGAUUUGUUGGUUGCCCUACACUCUCUUUGCUCUAACUGUUGUCUUUAAUCCAGCACUAAAUAUUUCACCUUUGGCUGCAACCAUCCCAACAUAUCUUUCAAAGACUAGUCCAGUAUACAAUCCCAUCAUCUACAUUUUCCUGAACAAAGAGUUCCGUGAGUGUGCAGUUGAAUUUAUAACCUGUGGCAAAGUUGUUCUAACAAGCCCAGAAGAAGACAUUUCAACUUCAGCAAUUUCCGAUGAAGGCAUAGCACCAUGUAAGAUCAACCAAGUGACUCCUGUUUGAUAAGCAUUUGCCUCAAGUUUCAUUUACUGAGUUGCAGCUGGAGAAAGAUACUAGAAGUAUGUGAUUCAUGCAAAAAGAUAAUAAAGUUUUCAAUGGCUGCCUAUUAA